AUGGGUAGCAUCUCCCCCUUCGAUGUCCCUUUUGACGAGCUUCCCAACCCCAAACAAGUGUGGGUGGGAAAGCCUGGUAGUUAUGAAGAAGGACUUGGGAAGUUAGCCAUUCUGACCCCCGAAGUGGUGGCUAAAGCCGCUUCAACUGAAAUCAAAACUGGUCGGAGAGUUACGAUGGGGUGGGAUUUAACAAAGUUGAACUAUCCUAACCUAAACCGUCAGCCAUGCCAGCACAAGAUUGUCCCUCUUCUGGGUGGAGUGGCCUAUGAUGAUAUUUACACCAUGAAUCCUCAACAAAGUAGUCAGUGGGAUGGACUGCGACACUUCUCUCAAACCGUCCCUGGUCAGACCGAGCGUGUGUUCUACGGCGGUGUGACAUCUGAGGAGAUCAAUGACCGUAGCAACGAUCGGAUUGGUAUGCAGCACUGGGCGCGGGAAGGUAUUGCAGGUCGCGGGGUAAUGAUUGACUACGCCGCAUGGGCGGAGAAGAAGGGAAUCACGUACAGCACCUUUUCCACUCAUCAGGUGCGACUAUCAGACAUCCAGGAAAUUGCGAAGGAGUGCAACAUCACGUUCCAGAAAGGCGAUAUCCUGUUUGUUCGGGUGGGAGUAACCAGGGAAUGGGACACCGUGAUGACGGAUGAGCAAAAGAAGCAAUACUCGGACAACCCGAGCCCGGAACACGCUGGCGUCGAAGCCACGACAGAUAUGCUCCGCUGGCUUUGGGACUCUGGGUUUGCAGCGAUUGCCAGCGACACUAUUAGCUGGGAGGUCUAUCCACCCCAGUCUGAUGUGUUCCUGCAUGAAUAUGUACUCGCAGGAUGGGGAAUGCCAAUCGGCGAACUCUUUGACCUCGAGGCAUUGGCACGCAUCUGCCAGGAUCUCCAACGAUGGAGCUUCUUUGUGGCGUCUGUGCCGUUGAAUAUGCCCGGUGGCGUGUCAUCGCCACCGAACAUCAUGGCUAUCUUCUAG